AUGAAUAGAAGAGACGAAGAUCAGAGUCAGGACAGUCCAUUCGGCACACCUCAAUCUUCAAAUAAUGAUGGAACCAAAAAUAGUAAUAAUAUCCCCUCCACAUCUUCAUCCACAAGUCCACCCGGUCUUGAACCUCAUCUCAUUGCCUCUCCAUCAAAAGGUUUAGACCCAGGCUAUAUCAUCGGCAUACUAGUCGCAGUUGCUGUCGCUAUCUUUCUCAUCAUAGCUCUAAUCGACAUCCUCCUUCUUUCUUCCCGUAUCCAGAAUUCGAUAUUGAGGAAUAGAUUCCUGAAAUUAAAUGGGAGACGGCAAUCUGGCUCUUCGCAAUACUACUCUCGACGGAAUGAGAAAUUAGAUAAGAAACCUUUACCCACAAUCCCUGAUCCGGCAUAUUUUUCAAAGGAUAUUAGAGCGAGUGAUAGAAGGAGGAGUGAAUUUUCGGGAUACUCGGAGUCGAGGUACUCGAGGAGUAUGUCUUUUGAUAGUGGGGUGAGAUGGGGUAGAGAUGAGGAGGAAGGUUAUGCGAAAAGUUUUAUUGGGGGUGGAAGAGAGUGGGAUGAGAAAUUUACGAGAUCGAUUGCGAGGUCUGCGAGGCAAGAGAGGUGGAGUAAAGAUAAUGGAGUAAUCAGACCGGGCAUGGGAGUUGGAAAUGGGGAUGAUGAGGGGGAGGGGGAAUGGUAUUCGAUGUACGAGGAGUCGAUCUAUACGGAUGAUGGACGAGAAAAUCCGAUUCCUGAUGCUUACAAUCCUUCCUAUCCAUUUUAUCCCUCUCAUGUAUCUCAAUCUACGGACCACAAAAAUCAAAAACCAUACGACGAAGAGAAUACAAUGGGAUUGACAACAAAAGAAAGAGCAGAGAUCAAAAGAACGAGAACUACCCCAUACAAAUAUGAAGGGAGAAUCAAAGCGGGAAUGGGCGUGCAGAAAAGACAUACGAUGAUUUUUGUGAGGGAAGUAGAGGAGGUGAGGAGGGCAAUGGAGAGGAUGGAGAGGAUGGAGGAGAGGGAUAGAGUUAAUUUUGAAAUUUGA